AACAAAUUGGAAUUGUUGUGUUAGUGUUGGGCUGGCUUUUUUUUUUUUUCAAAACUCACCACCUCAACGCCCACUUCACAAUCGAUCCUCGAUCUCCUCGACGUAUCUUCUCGGAACUGGGAAAGAAGCAGCUCCGAAAUCGUCAAUCCCAGAAGCACGAUGGCGUCCUCGAGCUCGGCCCUGAAGAAGGGCUACCUGAUUGCCUACAAUUCCGCCUCGGCGAUAGCAUGGACCACGAUACUUGGGAGAGUCGUCGCAGUCCUGCUUCUCAAGGGGCCGCAUAUGGUGCCCCUCGCCGUCGACAACUUUGCUCGAAUUACCCAGACGUUCGCAACACUGGAGAUACUGCAUUCCGUCCUCGGCAUCGUUCCCUCCCCCCUCUUCACCACCCUGAUGCAAGUCGCCAGCCGCCUCUUCCUAAUGUGGCUCGUGACCUACCCCUUCCCCUCGGUGACGACCAGCCCGGCCUACUCGUCGAUGCUCUGCGCCUGGAGCCUGACCGAGCUGAUCCGCUACGGCUACUUCACGGCCAAGCUGACCGGCGGCGACGCCAGCCCGCCCCCCUACUGGCUGCACUGGCUCCGCUACUCGGCCUUCAUCGUCCUCUACCCCGUCGGCAUCUCCAGCGAGCUGGUUGAGGUCUACCUCGCCGCUACGGGACCCGCGCGGGGCCUCGCCUGGUGGGCCCCGUACGCCCUGGCCGCCGCCGCCGCGGUGUACGCGCCGGGCGCGCCAAAGCUCUAUACCUACAUGGUGAAGCAACGGCGGAAGCAGUUGGGUGGUUCGGUGGCCAAGAAGGAACAAUAAGAGAGGACUGGAAGUCUGCGGAUGGAGAGGGGCUCGGAUGGGGAGAGCGCGGAUGAUACGGAGUUCCGGUUUGCAAUUUUUGCAUCACCAAGGGGUCAACAGCGUAAAGGUUCACUCCCGGUUCGCAUCUUUGUAAGGAACCGGCGAAGGUAACAAAGGAGCAAUCCCUCGGAGUACCAAAGGCGGGCGAUAUAGAGCACGAUUGGUUCCAGUGUAUAAUUAAUCAUCUCGAAGAAGGGGUAUCCCUGAAUCCCAGUACUCCAGUGCCGUCACAUUUGAGAAUCACCCAGCGAUCGCAUCCUGAGAGCUGCUCUCGUACCAGUCAUUCCGCACCCAUUGCGUAAUGAGCUGCGUGGCAUCGCUGGCGAGCCUCGCAUAUCCCGGGUUAUCCCUCGGU